AUGCAUUUGAUAAGUAAAGAGAAUAAUCAGAAUAAACAUGAUAUUAAAAUGGACAUUAUUGAUGUUAAAGUCGAUGAUCAUUCUUUUAAACAAGAGGAGGAUGUUAUUAUUGUGUUAGAUUAUGAGAAAAAUAGAUCAGAAGCUUCACAUUUGAUCUAUACAAACAAUAUCUUAGAUUAUAAAAAACGUGUUGAAACACAAGCUGAAUAUAUAGAUGCAAGUGCUUCUAGGGAAUCUUCUAUUCAUAAAAAAGAUAUUAAAAAGGAAAAAACAAGAAAAAGAAAAAUUAAUGGGUUGAAUAUAGAAGGGAGUAAUAUAAGUGAAUUGGAAAAUGAUUGUAAAUCAGAUGUUUUUCUGAACAAUAUGAUUAAAAGGCCACAGAUAAAUAAUUUCAAUAACAUUAAGAAUGAAAAUAUUGAGCUUUAUUGUAUAUGCCAAAAACCAGACACUGGAUGUUGGAUGAUUGCAUGUGAUGGAUGUGAUAAUUGGUAUCAUGGGGAAUGUGUGAAAAUUCUUGAAGCUGAUGAAGAACUUCUGGAUAAGUAUUUUUGUGAUUUUUGUACUAAAAAAGGCAAAGGUUGUACUAUGUGGAAAAGAAAAUGUCGUCUUUCUUCAUGUAGAAAGCCUGCUCUUGUUUCUUCAUUCCCUCCUUCGAAGUAUUGUUCAACAGAACAUGGUGUAGAAUAUUUUAAAGAAAGAUUAUGUUGUUCUCUAUUAGAAAAAUCGGAAAUAGCUGCUUUAGCUCGAAGCGUUGAUUCUGUUGAAGCCUUUAGAUGUUUAGGGGAUACUUUUCCAUUUAUAGAUGAUUCUAUUGUAAAUAGUGAAAGUCUUUCAUUGUUGAGAUUAAUCAAUUUUAAGAGAGAAAAAAUAUAUGAGCGUUUAAAACAAAUUGAGAUACGAACAAUUUAUAUAAAUUUUGCUAAAGAUAGGGCAAAAAAAAUAAAUGAAGAAAUACGUGCUGAUGGAUCAAAAAAAGAAAUAUGUGCUCUUGAUUAUCGUUUAUCUUGGGAUGAUGACGAAUGGAAUGCUUGGAUUGUUAGUGAUGAUGGGAAAAAGAUAUUUAAUGAUGGCAAAUUAGAAGGUUAUGAUAUGAUAUGUAUUACAGAAAAAAGAAAGUGUUUUAAACAUAAUAAUUGGGUGAUGAUAAAAAUAGAAGAAAUGGAAUUGGAAGAUAUAAUAUGUCGUGAAACACUUAAAAAGCUAAGAAGACAAGAACAGAAGAUAUAUAAAAGAGAAAGGAAAUUAAAGGUCUUGGAUAAAGAAAAUAAAUGUAUUGCUACUUCAUAA